AUGAACACAGCUGCAGCUCGGACCUCGUACCCACGAACCCAGAUCCCUACCUCGGAAAGACCAGUCAGCUUCAACGAAAAGCUCAAUACAGGCGAUCGAUAUUGGAAAUUCAAAUCUGCCCUCCAGACCAUCCUGAUCAUAACGGGCUUCAUUGGCGUCGGCUGCAUAGGGUGGAGUAUGUCGACUACCUCGCUCAUGAGCGACAGCUUGGACUGGCCUUCGACUUUGGCGAUGUGGCCCGAGUUGCUCACCUUCUGCAUAUCAAUCGUAUGGUGUGCAGUUUGCAUCCUUGUAUUCGUCCUCCGCAAGAAACCCGUCCACCCUGGAACGCGCGUGGCCUUGGAACUUCUUUUGUGGCUCGGAUUCGUUGCGACCGCGCUCUUCGUCCUAUUGCUCUGGCGUUCAGCAACAGAAUGGCAUAGUCGUAGCGACAUAACCUAUGCGCCUUAUGAUCGAGGGAACUAUGAGUUGGCGAACAAUGGAACGUGGGUGUGGGAGCCGUAUCACAGUCGUAGUAGUGAUGACAGUGACGUCUCCAGUGUACGAGGGUGCGACAACAACAACACCUACUCCCGCAACAUCUUCACAAACUGUGCAGAGCAAGACGCAUAUAUGAACAAACUCUGGCGGGAGAAGCCUCACCGUGCCAACGUCCUGCUCACGGCAGUAGUCUGCCAGUUCUUUGGCCUGGUGCUCCACUUCGCCCUGUUCGUCUGGGCAUGCGUCGACACGAACCAUUACAACCGCAACAAAGUGAGCAAAGACGCUGAGAAGCUCGCCGCCGGAAUCGUGCAGACUAUGAUCGACAGAGGAGCCAUUCUUCCUCCUCCAGGACAAGCCUAUACACAGCCGGCUGGCGGACAGGGCAUGUACUACCAGCUGCCACCCCAACAGGCAUACCCUCUGGCGACAAUGUAUCCGCAAAGAAUACCGGGUCAGCAUGAACAGAUGGCGCCUGGACAAUACCGUGCUGCGUCUCCUGCUGCUCCAGGCCCCGCUGUCGGACCAAGUAAUGAGAAGGGUCAGGGCCCGCUGUACGCUUAG